CGACCAGUUGCCCACUUGCCCGAGCUUCACUUCACUCAUGAACUUCCUCAAGACAACGAGAUCAAGCUUCCAAACAUUCAGCUCUCAGUUAUAGAUUCUAGAGCGACGAUCCUCAGAUGCCCAUACGACGGCACCACCAAACCCUUCGGCUGUGCGCUGCCUUCACUAUCGAAUAGACAGACUUGCCGAGGUUGCGUCUCGGCACAAUGUCAAGAAGAAUCGAAGGCAUUCAGAGAGCGCUCGAGAGUGUGAUUCUCAAUCCUCAAUAUGCGGAUUUAUUGGCUGUAUUGAAAGGGGCGCGGAAUGGCGCUGUGUAUGGUGCAAAGGUGCGGUUUCCGCAUGCGCUGGUGAUGAUCUUCUUGUUCCGUUCAGGUACCGUGAGAGAGAAGGCGGCGCUUGUAUUCAGAGCUACGAGAACACACGCCCAGAAUCUGGCGAAAUAUGCGACGGUUUACAAGUUGACGAUGUUGCUCCUAAAACAUCUGGGGAGUGAGCCCGGAAAAGAAGGGCCCUUUGAUACUUUUCUGGCUGGGAUGUUGGGAGGCUAUCUAGUAUUUGGGAGGAGGUCGAAGAAGGGACAUAUUUCAUCUGUUAGCAAACAGAUUGUCAUUUUCGUGUUUGCACGAGUAAUGCUCUCCCUGGCCAAGCUGUCUAUCCAACCGGAGGUGGGUAUAAUCAGGAAUCCUGAACUCACGAAACGGAUAUCUCACGAUGCGUGGCCGGUUUUCGCGGCAUUAAGUUGGGGCAGUGUGAUGUGGUUGUUUAGAUGGUAUCCUGAGACUGUACAGUCGGGAUUGAGGAGUAGUAUGGAUUAUAUUUAUGUGCAAAGCGACCACUGGGACAGCUUGCGGAAUUUCUUGGUCUACAACAAGUAGAAAUCAGGAAUCUGGUCAUACAGGAGCUGCUAGCAUGAUGGGAAACCACGAGUAUAUGAGAUUCAGGAUAUAGUCAUAGAAGUUGUGACAGACUUUGUACAGCAAGAGAAAGGGGGGUGGGGCGAUCUUGUAGACCUAGUAGAGCUUUUGGGUUGGCUUCAAAUCUCACAUUAGAUAUGCCCGUUCCUUCACGGACCAGCAUCCUCGACUCCCUUGAUUUCCUUGAUGCUAACUGCCAGAGAUUCCCUCUAUUAUAUCAUAUUCGGGAUCUAUGCAAGGCUCGAUAUCGACGUCUCGCCUCGUAGUCCAGAGCCUGAGAGCGCCAUGCUUCCUC